AUGGUAAAACAAGGACAAAUUUCUUUGUUGAUCCCUUCGACGAUAUUCAUAGCUUUCUUGGUAGUCCCAAUAUCAGCCAAGAAUCCUCUCUUCAUAUUUGGGGACUCCAUAUUGGAUGCUGGAAACAACAAUUAUAUACAAACCACAUCCUUUGCUCAAGCUAAUUUUUAUCCUUAUGGCAUCACUUUCUUCAACUUCCCCACAGGGCGUUUCUCAGAUGGACGUUUAAUAUGUGAUUUUAUUGCCAAAUAUGCAAAUCUUCCGCUCAUUCUUCCUUUUCUUCAACCGGACAAUGGGCUAAUUAAUGGAGUCAACUUUGCAUCCGCUGGAGCUGGUGCUCUUGUCCAAACUUACCCUGGGCUGGUUAUUAAUCUACACGAGCAGCUGAGAAAUUACAAGAAGGUGGAGAGUAAAUUUAGAUAUAAAUUUGGAGAUGUUAAAGCUAGGAAAAGGUUAACAAAGGCAGUCUACAUGUUUAGCAUUGGCGGAAAUGAUUACUCAAGCUCUUCCACAUUUUUAACUAAUUAUCCCAAAUCUGAAUAUGUUGACAUGGUCAUCGGUAACAUUACUUUCGUCAUCACGGAAAUAUAUAAGACAGGAGGAAGAAAAUUCGCGUUCUUAAACGUCCCACCGUUGGGUUGUAUGCCAAUGGCUAGAAUUUCAAGUAUAGACGGAGACUGCAUAAAAGAACCAUUAAGUUACGCCAUACUACACAAUAAAGCUCUUUCUUAUGUCCUCAAAGAACUACAAAUUAAGUUACCUGGGUUCAAGUAUUCACUCUAUGAUUUUUACACCAGUCUUCAACAAAGAAUUGACCACCCGUCAAACUAUGGAUACAAGGAGGGAAAAGUAGCAUGCUGUGGCACAGGUAGGUUUAGAGGUAUAAUGAGUUGCGGGGAAAGAAGACCCGUAAAAUAUUAUGAAUUGUGUGAAAAUAUGAAAGAUUAUGUGUUCUGGGAUUCUGCGCAUCUCACCGAGAAAACUUACAAACAAUUAGCAGAUGAGAUGUGGAAUUUGCGCUCGUAUGGAUCAUACAACAUUAAGGACCUCUUCCAUUAA